UAAGACUCACCUCUCAGACUACUUGGUACACAGGAUUUGAUGAUUCUUUGUGUCCGUUUCCCUUGAGUUUUAUAAGAUUUUUUCAUUUUUAAGGAUUUUGGGUUUGGAUUGAAAUCACUGAGAUUUUCAUUCUAUACACACUUACACGAUGCACUGUGUGAGCAGAGGAGGCUGCUACCUGGUCAACUCUUAUUGUGAUCUUCAAGAGGAAAACCAGUGGAAGAAGGAGAGCUAUGAAGCAUGCUGGCUCAGCCUGGUCCUUGAAACAAGACCACAAUACAAGCUGAAACUGUCAGAGAGCAACAGCAUUCACAGAGAGAGCUACAAGCAGCAACAGGUGGUCCACUUCAUGGUGCAGAGGAGUCUGAGCCAGACUCUGAGGCUGGCCAGCGACAGUGGAGCCGUGACAAAGCACCAGCUCCCCCUCUUCAACACCAGCAGAGGAUCAAGCACCUCGGGCAGCUCAGAACAACAUGCCUUCAUACAGGGGAAGGAGGAUAAACAGGAAGAGGCUGCCACAAGCCCAGAUCCCAGCAAGUCACGGAGGGUGAACUUCAGAGCCUCGAGCCUGAUGUCCUCACCGAGGGAAACUUCUGAGCGUGCACAGAGGAGGGUGUGAAGCGAGGAGAGGGGAUAUGAGCUGAAAAUAUGACAAAGCCUUUGUUGGUUUGAUUUACAUGCUGUUUGUACAAGCCAUCUUCAACAUUGAUUUAUGGGAAAAAUUAUUUCCAGUUGAUUUACAUAAUGCAUAUUGUUUUUAUGUAUUACAAACUCUACUCAGUGACUUCAUCUUUUCACUUUCAAAUAAACAAAACACUGACAUGAAGAAAAUAAUCUCUUGGGUUAU